AUGAAUGUUCGUCCUGCUGAUAUACUUGAAACAGAAUUUGCCUUUCAAUCCAUUUCUGACUAUCCCGUUGACCUUUAUUUUCUAAUUGAUCUAAGCUACACUAUGCGAGACGACUUAGAGACGGUAUCUGCAUUAACCAACGAUAUUGCUCACAGUAUGCGUCAAGUAACCAAACAGCUACGCCUUGGAUUUGGAGCAUUCGUCGAUAAGCCUGUUUUUCCAUUUGUGGUGCCGACGCCAGAAUACUUGAGCAAUCCUUGUCUUAGUGUCGGCAAUGAGCAAUUGCAUUGUGAUCCUCCUUUUUUAUAUAAACAUAUUGUGUCGCUUACUGACAAUUUUGAGGAGUUCAAAGAGAAGACCAAAUUGACUCGACCAUCUGGAAAUUUAGAUAGUCCCGAAGGUGGUUUGGAUGCCUUGCUUCAAGUGGCUCGCUGUCAGGGCCAGGUGGGAUGGCGGGCUACUGCCAGAAAAAUUGUACUACUUGCAUCCGAUGGUGGCUUUCACUUAGCUGGGGAUGGCCGUAUCGCUGGGCUCGUAAAACCGCCCCCAACCGAUUGCCGUCUGCAGCAACGGGCUGAUCGUUUUAAUGCAUCCCUAUCCUAUUUAGGAUGGCAUGAUGCUCACUAUACUGAUUAUCCAAGUGUUGGAGAAGUGGGUUCCUUUCAUAUAAUGACUCCUUCUUUAUGGCUCUUAGUUAUCCAUUUCGCUUGUGUUUUAGGCAGUUAUAAUAUUUUCAAAAAUUGA